UUGUGCGCUUGUUUUGUUUUGACUAAAAACCCAUUUAUGUAGAUAUUUUCACAAAACAAACAAUGCCUAGCCGUUUAGUCUAGAACUGGGACAGAUUAGCACGCAUUUUGGCCAAAAAUUGCCGUGAUAUCGUCCGCUGAUAAAACCGAGUGGCAACUCCGAGUGGCCACCAUGUAUACAAAAACAAGAAACGACGGUGAAAACGAGCCGCGCGAUAAAUAAGUGGAAAGCGGAGGCGCAGCAAAAGAGAAAAAAAAUCGUCGCUUCUGACAAACAGACACUGAAAUCAGCAAAUAAAAAACACACAAAAAUUAAAUAAAACAGGAAAAACCAAAAAGGGCACUAGAAACCUUAGAGCUUGCCAAAAUUUCACAGUGUAGCGCACGGAGGGCAUACCUUUUAGUUCAAAAUUAUUGAGUAAUUUGCGGGCGGAGAGCGGCGAGAGCGCGUGAAACGAGCAAGUAGAUUUUGAAACCGAGUGAGGUGACUUCCUGGGAAAAGUGAACUAGUGAUCCAGAGACGCUUAUCAUCAGGCGGUUAUUAUGAAAGGCAAUCACUAUAAAAUGUCUCGUAACAAAGACAAAUACGACAGUGCCAAUCGGAGGCAGCAGAUCUUUCUGUCGCAGGAGGAUAUAGCCGCUGGCAAGAAGACGAAUUGGAGUGGUCUCGAGAUUACGGGUUGCGUUCGCAAUAUUAGCCCGUCGCUGUGGGAGUUUGAGCAUCUAACCGCCCUCUAUCUGAACGACAACCAGCUGCUGCGAUUGCCCGCCGAUGUCGGAAUGCUGAUCAGCCUGAGAACUCUGGACCUGUCCAGCAAUAAGCUAAGGAGUCUGCCCGCAGAGCUCGGCGAGCUCAUCCAGCUGCGGGAACUGCUGCUCAACAACAACUUUCUGCGCGUGCUGCCUUACGAGAUCGGCAAGCUGUUCCACCUCGUCAUACUCGGCCUCAUGGGCAAUCCGCUGCAAAAGGAGUUCAUGAACAUCUACAACGAGCCAAAUGGCACGUCGAAACUGCUCACCUACAUGCUGGACAACUUGUCAUUCACCGUCAAUCCACCGCCCCAGAGGCCCUGGCUGCCACUGGCCAAGCCCAACAAAACGCGACCAGCCUGCAUUUUUACGGUCAUGUGCUAUAAUGUGCUCUGCGAUAAGUACGCGACGCGGCAAAUGUACGGAUACUGUCCGUCGUGGGCCCUCUGCUGGGAGUACCGGAAAAAGUCGAUAAUCGACGAGAUACGGCACUACGCGGCGGACAUUAUCAGUCUGCAGGAGAUCGAGACGGAACAGUUCUACCACUUUUUCCUGCCCGAGCUCAAGAACGAUGGCUACGAGGGCAUCUUUUCGCCCAAGUCGCGAGCCAAGACGAUGUCUGAACUGGAGCGGAAGUAUGUGGAUGGUUGUGCGAUAUUCUUCAGGGCGUCCAAAUUCACGCUUAUCAAGGAGUCGCUGAUCGAAUUCAACCAGCUGGCCAUGGCCAAUGCCGAGGGCUCCGACAACAUGCUGAACCGCGUGAUGCCCAAGGACAACAUCGGCCUGGCCGCCCUGCUCAAGGUGAAGGAGAACGCCUGGGAGCCGAUGUCCGAGGUGACGCAGAUCUCGCAGCCGCUGCUUGUGUGCACGGCGCACAUUCACUGGGACCCGGAGUUCUGCGACGUCAAGCUCAUCCAGACGAUGAUGCUGAGCAACGAGCUGAAGACGAUCAUCGACGAGGCGAGCCACAGCUUCCGGCCGGGUCACAAGAACGACUCGAAUGCCGUCCAGCUGCUGCUGUGCGGCGACUUCAACUCGCUGCCCGAUUCCGGAGUGGUGGAGUUCCUGGGCAAGGGCCGCGUCUCCAUGGACCAUCUGGACUUUAAGGACAUGGGCUACAAGUCCUGCCUGCAGCGGCUGCUCUCGAACGACACCAACGAGUUUACGCACUCGUUCAAGCUGGCCUCCGCCUACAACGAGGACAUCAUGCCGCACACCAACUACACGUUCGACUUCAAGGGCAUCAUCGACUACAUAUUCUACACGAAGACGGGUAUGGUGCCGCUGGGCCUGCUGGGACCCGUCUCCAAUGACUGGCUGCGCGAGAACAAGGUGGUGGGCUGCCCCCAUCCGCACAUACCCUCCGAUCACUUCCCGCUGCUCGUGGAGUUGGAGCUGAUGCACACGGCCAGCCAACAGGCGCCUCCCAACGGGCUGAUCAAUCGCCGGUAGCAAUAGAAUAGACGCGGCAGACCCACGACCACCACCAGCAGCAACACUAGCACCACUACCACCAGCAGCACCACCCUGAUGACGACGACGACGGCGUCGGCGGCCACGCGCACGCCGGCUGCCACCGGGGGAGGUAGUGGUGGGACUGCAAGCGGGAGUGGAGGCGGUCUGAUGAUCCCGGGCGGCUACCGGGGACGCAGCUGCAGCAAUAGCGGUUGCCAUCGUCUGACCGCUGCCCUUGG